GUAUAAAAAGGUGCGCGAUAAAGUAUGAUGCCCAUCAGUGUGCGACAAUAAUCGGAACGCAGUUGCGUCACGCGUCGGCUCCAGCACACAUCAAGAUAUCGGUCUUAAUAAAUCCACACCUCCCAGACAAUGCAUCUGUCUCAGAGUGUGCUGUGUUUUAGCUUCCUGAUAGCUUUGGGUCCAGUAGCUUCGAGCGACCAAGAGACGCAACAGCAGCUCUCCGCUACCAGCCCAGAGGACGCGGACCAGUGCGCAACCUGCGAGGUCCGAGAGCACAUUAAGAGCAUGCGAUUAAACGCCAUCAAAUCUCAGAUCCUGAGCAAACUGCGAAUGAAAGAGGCCCCAAAUAUCAGCCGAGAAAUAGUUAGACAGCUUCUCCCAAAAGCGCCGCCGCUGCAGCAGCUCCUCGACCAGUACGACGUGCUGGGAGAUGACAGCAGGGAUGCGGUCAUGGAAGAGGACGAUGAGCAUGUCACCACGGAGACAAUAAUGAUGAUGGCAACUGAACCUGACUCCGUCGUCCAGCUGGAUGGGGAACCGAGGUGCUGCUUCUUCUCCAUCACGCAGAAGUUUCAGGCGAGUCGCAUCGUGCGGGCGCAGCUCUGGGUGUACCUGCGCCCGGCGGCCGAGGCGACCACCGUCUUCCUGCAGAUCUCCCGCCUCAUGCCGGUCACGGAGGGCAGCAGGCACAUACGGAUCCGCUCCCUGAAGAUCGACGUCGGCGCCGGCGUCGGCUCGUGGCAAAGCAUAGACGUCAAGCAGGUGCUGAGCGUGUGGCUGCGGCAGCCGGAGACCAACGGGGGCAUCGAGAUCAACGCCUUCGACUCGAGGGGAAAAGACUUGGCCGUGACCUCCGCGGAGCCCGGGGAAGAAGGGCUGCAACCAUUCAUGGAGGUGAAGAUCUCAGAGAGCCCCAAGCGGGUCCGGAGAGACGCGGGCCUGGACUGCGAUGAGAACUCUCCAGAGUCUCGCUGCUGCCGCUAUCCGCUCACCGUCGACUUUGAGCGCUUUGGCUGGGACUGGAUUAUUGCCCCCAAGCGCUACAAAGCCAACUACUGCUCCGGGGAGUGCGAGAACCUGCACUUGCAGAAGUACCCACACACCCACCUGGUGAACAAGGCCAAUCCCAGAGGGACGGCAGGGCCCUGCUGCACCCCCACCAAGAUGUCGCCUAUCAACAUGCUCUACUUUAACCGCAAGGAGCAGAUCAUCUACGGCAAGAUCCCGUCCAUGGUGGUGGACCGCUGUGGAUGCUCCUGAGUGGGCCCAGAGACCAUGGUGGAGGCAGGGGAGGACGAGGGCUGUGGUUCGCACCGUGCCUUCGCUCGUUCAGUCCAGUCCACAAGUUCCAAUGCUUACCUGCACAACAUGCAAUAGAUCCAGAGUAGAGGUGGCAGCCAACCUGGCGCCCCGCGGCCUUUUCACUUUCCUUUCUUCCAGUAACAUUUUAGCCGUAGAGGCUCGAUGUCAGAUGAGUGGGAACACGCACGCACGCACGCACGCACACACGCACGCACGCACGCAAGCACGCACGCACGCACGCACGCACACACACACGCAUGCUGGAUACCAGAAUGAAUGUAAGACAGAAAUGAUCAGUUAUCCAAAAGAAUAGCUCCACCUCCUUUGUCUCAGACUUCUGUGCAUUAAUCAACCGUGCUCAUACUCAUCAAGUUUCAUCGUAGCUGCUUACAACCUAUUAGACUUUUUGCUAAGCUGUAUGUUUGUGUUAAUCACUUGUUGAGUUGUGCUUUCAGAGUGAAACCAGGAAUCCUCAAGGACUUUUUGAAAGGGUUGGAAAACGCACCCGGACAUUCAUGAGAGGGAUGGAUCAGGGUGGUGCAGAUACAGAAGGAUGACAUGUGGCCCUGUAAUGACUGCUGUUAGAAAAGCCAAGCAGUUAUCACAAAGUUAACAAUUUGGGGACAUUGCACAGAAUGCAGGUUUCAUUUUAUAUUUAUUAAACAAUGCUAAAAUCCUAAAUGCAGGUGGUGAUGAUGUGGUUGAAGCUUCCACCGGGGGAGGAACCACAUUCACAUACAGCAGCAUCAUCCGGAACCAUGCAACCAGCCCGACACACUUGAACUUUUCUUAUUGUAAAUUCACAGUAGUGGACGGAAGGACUUGAACUGAAGAACCUACAAAUGAAAAUGUGUUUGCGACGGAGGAAAAGGAUUGUUUGGGUCUGUGGGUGCUGAGAUCGUGUCUUGUGAACAACACAGUUUGCACUAUGGCACCAAUAAAGAGAAUUGGUUGCUACAAAAGUUGUAAAGACUGAUUUUGAUAUGUUUGUAUUCAUGUGCUGUUGUUUCCAUUACGAGUUGCGUUUCUAAACCACUGUUAGUAAAUGUAUGAACCAUAAUCUAUCAAGAAAAACAAUGUAAUACAGCAGCUCUAUACACUUGUGUUAACAAAUAAACCAUCUAAGCUUG